GCUUCGCUCCCGCUCUCUCCCCCUUCCUUUCGAAAUCAGUCAGACCUCUCUCUCUCUCUCUCUCUCUCUCUCUUCAUCGUCAUCUCUCAGGGAACCUUCCCUCCGCCCUCCGCCCUCCGCCGCUUCCCAGCGGUCGCGUCCUCCACAUCGCCGCCGCCGCCGCCGCCGCCGAAGAUGGCGAGCGGAGCUCCGCGGCCGGACCCGGCGGCGGAUCCGCUCGCGGAGUACUCCGUCCUCUCGCUCUUCCCCGGACGCUCGGCGUCCUCCGGCGAGCCCCGGAGCCGUACGAUCUCGAGCGCGACCUCGACUCGCUCCAUGACCACCUCAAAUCCGUCGUGUUACGAAGUCCCAAAAGACUUCUAGAUCAAGCCAAGGCUAUUGUCAGCAAUAGUUCAGAACUCCUGAACACUAGUAUCCCAAGUAAGGCAGCAUCAGAAGACGAGAACAGAGCAAAUGCGGUGAUGGCAAAUGAAGUUACUAGAAAAAGAAGGCCUGGUUUGGGCCUCAAGCGACCUCGGUUUUCUCUGAAACCUGAUUCUAGCCAGCCGAUGGUGACCUUGGAGCCAACAUUUGAUAUUGAUAGAUACGAAGAUCCAGUUGAAUUUUUCGAGGCUUAUGAGAUGUUUGAGAAUGCCAAGAGGGAAAUACACAGACAGACUGGAGUUUCAAUGGAUCAAAAUCAGUAUGAUACUGUGAGAAAUGCACGUCCCCGCCGACCAGGAACCUUGAGGAAGUCCUUUAAAAAUCUUUUUGAUCAGUCUGUCAUAUCUUUGCAAUUGACAUCUCAAAACGACAUCAUAUCUUCGCAAUUGACAUCUCAAAACGACAUUGUCCCUGGACCAGUUUAUACUACACAACCUGAAGCAAUUGAGUUGACAGAUGAAACUGAAUUAGCUGGUUCUGAGAUGGCAGAAAAUAAGGUCAAUGACCUUUUGGAUGAUUUAUUAUCCAAAAAUUGUGAAGAUUUUGAUGGAGAUGGUGCGGUCAAUCUUUUACAAGAGUGCUUGCAGAUUAAACCUGUUAACGUUGAGAACUUGAGCCUCCCUGAUAUGCAAGAUAUUAUGGGGAAUGACUUGAAUGCUUCACAGAGAGAGACGUCACUGGGUAGACGGGCACUUUCUGAUAUACAGAACAUUUUGAAGAGGAUUCACAGUAAAUCACCUUCAAAAAGGGGGGAUGUUUCUAGAAAAGAUGUCCCUUCACCCCCAACGAAGAGUCCUCUUGCCCCAUUGAUAUUGUUGAAGAAACGUUUGUUUAAGGAUAACUCCAUCGACCCGUUUUCUGCUGCUAAUAUUGAUGUGGCAGCCACGAAGAAUUCUCCCCUCUCUAAUUGCUUGGAAAUUUACUCUGAUGAUGCUGACAUGAGGAAAGAACCUGGUACUUCUGGAAAGUCCAUGUCGCCAAUGGUUGAAGAAGAUGCCGGUCGGUCCCAGCACAGUUCCAACGAUAACAAUGAAAACUUUAAUUUGGAUUUGACGACAUUAGGAGAGGACUUACCCAAUGCUAAGUCGCCAAUGGUUGAAGAAGAUGCCGGUCGGUCCCAGUACAGUUCUAAUGAUAACAAUGAAAACUUUAAUUUGGAUUUGACGACAUUAGGAGAGGACUUACCCGAUGCUUCUGCUGAUAUGAAUAGUCAAACGGAGAAGGUAGCAGUCACAUCUCCCCACUUUGAUGUGGACAUGCAGAACUCAACCAUCGGAGAAGUGAAUCACAAUGAACAUGAUCAAGUUGAUCCCUCAGACCAUUCUACAUUAAAAGAUGAUGGAACAGGUGGAACCUUCGCAAGUACUGACAGAGCUCCUGGAGAGCAAACUGAGAAUUCAUUAAAUGCCCACAAAAAAUCGAAGGCACAUCCAUCCAAGGGUCGCCUUAGGAAAGAACUUUCUAGGAGGCAAAGCCUUGCAGCUGCUGGCACAUCAUGGAGUUCUGGAGUAAGGAGAAGCACCAGAAUUAGGUCAAGACCUUUGGAAUAUUGGAAGGGUGAAAGAUUUUUAUAUGGUCGCGUGCAUCAAAGUUUAGCCACUGUAAUUGGCAUAAAGUAUGCAUCUCCAGGAAAGGCUGAUGGAAAACUCACUAUGAAGGUGAAGUCCUAUGUUUCAGAUGAAUACAAGGAGCUUGUCGAACUAGCAUCUCUUCAUUGAGAUGCCAUGUGGUCUUGUACUCUUGUUCGCAUCUUGUGAAACUUCUGUCUGUGACCGGUUAAGUUUUCAUAUUGAACAUAAUUUGAUGUUCAGUAAACUUAUCCCUGUAAAUAGUUCCGUCUCUUCAACUCUUCUGUUCACAUUGUCACUCACAGCCACAUGUCGACGUUAUCUAGUGGAUUGUAAGCGUAGCCCAAAGGAUUGGUGGAAAAACGCAAUAAACAGGUGCCAAAUUCUGUAA